UGUGGUCUGAGCGAACAAGGUACAAUCGUUUCGACCAUUAGUUGAAUUGUGAUGGCAUGUUUGAUUCGAGUGCAAUAAUUCAUUAAGUAAUGUGAUGGAUAUUUACGUAACGCACUGAAAUCAUAAAUAUAAUAAUGAGUAAUAAUUGACGGCAAAAAGAUUCGUAGAUUGAUACAUGAACGAAUAUUUCAGAGACCUAUGUAACAAUGUCUCACUCACGGCAUGUCUCAAGGGGUGUAGCGCUGAUCACGUAAGUGCACGAACAUCGUGAACCAGAGGCGCCAGAUCGUAUUUCGUAGAACCAAUUCUUAGCAUUACCGCAGACCUACGUAAAGAUCCGUAGAUGUGGCAACUCUUCCCAGCGCACACACGGUUCCUCCGAUGUGAACACGAAGCAUACUCUGAGCAGACGGCGACCUCCUCGCACAUGCUAUAUAUAGAAACCCCUUGAAAGACGCAUCACCACCAGGCGUCCGUUAAAGCAGUGCGUGCAAAUGCGGGCGCAGUGCGAGGAAAGUUCAUCUGGCAAGCGGUAGCAGGAAAAAUCUUCCUUCUCGAGAGGCCCAGCGCAACGAAUCCAGAGAAACAAGUUCCUACUCUUGUGGAGUAAAUCGCAAAAGCAGCAACGAUGGAUCCGGAAGCAUUUCUCGAUAUCGCCAAUCAGGUGAUAAAGUUGAAGAUGUUCCCCUACUUCGACAUUGCGCACAGCCUGCUGUGUGCGCUAUCCGUCAAGGAAGACCUGGGAGCCGGCGCGCAUGCCUUCUCCCGGAAACAUCCGCUGGCCUGCUGGCUGUCGACGAUGUUGGUCGUUUUCGCCGGAGGAAUGGUUGCCAAUGCGCUUCUCGGUGAGCCGAUCUUGGCUCCGCUCAAGAACACCCCUCAGCUGCUCGUGGCCACCGCUUGCUGGUACAUCGUUUUCUACACUCCCUUCGAUAUCGGGUACAAAGUUGCCAAGUUCCUGCCAGUGAAGGUGGUCGCUAGUGCGAUGAAGGAAAUUUACCGCGCAAAGAAGAUUCACGAUGGUGUGACGCAUGCUGCCAAGUUGUACCCGAAUGCGUUUAUCAUUAUGAUCAUUAUUGGCACGUUGAAGGGCAACGGAGCUGGAUUCACCAAACUGUUGGAACGACUGAUCCGUGGUGUCUGGACCCCAACAGCCAUGGAAUUCCUGCAGCCCAGCUUCUACACCAAGGCCUCCCUAAUUGCCUCCAUCAUUUUCGUGCUGGACAAGAAGACCGAUCUGAUUUCUGCCCCACACGCACUGGUGUACUUCGGAAUUGUGAUCUUCCUCGUUUACUUCAAGCUGUCGUCCAUCCUGCUCGGCAUUCACGAUCCGUUCGUUCCAUUCGAGAACCUAAGCUGUGCUCUGUUCUUCGGUGGCAUUUGGGACAGCCUGGCUAAGAUCCUCGGCCGUGGACAGGCCAAGGAAGAGUCCAAGGACGCCAAGAAGACCAACUAAGCCAAACCACAUUAAGCCCUGGAGGCGGCCAAGACGAAAUUAAAGACGAUUUGUUUUAAUAUUUAUUUUCCAUUAUUUAGACUUUACUCACACACAGAUCGGCGCAAUUUCACAAACACGCGCACACACAAAACUAGAUUUAAGAUUUUAGAACGAACCGUAAGCAAUAAGACAGCUAAAACAUAGCACGAAGAUUGAGGUAUUCUAGUCAGUUGAACCAAAUUGGGAAAAAAUAUUAGAUUUCCGAGAAGGAAAAUGCUGGACAAUGAAACGACACGACACACUCGACGGAGGCGACUGUUAAUUCUUUGUUUGGACCAUUGCGAUCCUAGCUUUCAUGGUGACGAUACUAAUUGCUGCGGACGAGACAAAAGCACAGGAAAAUCACAGUGGGUGAGAUUUUACUGUCCUUUUAACGGAAUUUGAACAGCAACAAAACAGAAAAUAGGAAUUGCGAACAAUAUACGCGCAUAAGAAGAAACGAUUUGUAUUAGAAUUGCACAAAAUAUAAGGUAACAAAUGUCAUUCUACAGAUAUAUCGCGAUUGAGGCUGGCCAAAUAUACAGAUGAUUCGAACAAAAGAA